ACGUGACCUCGCAGCACAGCUACCAUGGCAGGUCGUUGCGCGCCAAAAAGUCCAACCGUGCUGCGGUCUUUUUAGGUUUUGCCCGCGAAGUCGCUGCAAUCUCUGCAAUUCCCUUUUUCUUUCUUGGUUCAUUUCUCUCCAUUCAUCGGCAGUCUCUUCAUCAACUUUCUCAGCGUUUGCUCCUCUUUUGCCAACGACAGAAGCGCGCAAUUUGUAGUGCUUACAUUUCGGAAGAAUCAUUACUACCAUUGUUCUUUUGUUUUUCAAGUGUCGAUUCUUUUUCAAGUACUUCAAUGUUGCGAUCUGCACUUAAUGAGGUGUCACCAGCUGGUUCAUUCAUCCGAAGCCCUUCAACUUUUCGUAAUUUUAUUUCAAAAGAUCCAAAUGCCCAGUUCCCUGCAGUAUCAGGAAGAUACCAUCUUUAUGUAUCUUAUGCAUGCCCCUGGGCAUCUAGAUGUCUGGCAUAUUUGAAACUCAAAGGGCUUGACAAGGCCAUUGGUUACACGGCUGUAAAAACAAAAUGGGAGAGGACCAAAGUUACUGAUGAGCAUAUUGGCUGGGUCUUUCCUGUUUCUAGCACGGAAGAACCUGGGGCCGAUCCUGAUCCUUGGAAUGGAGCCAAGAGUAUCAGGGAACUAUAUGAGCUUGCAAGUUCAAGCUAUUCAGGAAAAUAUACUGUGCCAGUCCUUUGGGAUAAGCAACUGAAAACAAUUGUAAAUAAUGAGAGUGCAGAAAUAAUCCGCAUGCUCAACACAGAGUUCAAUGCGAUAGCAGAAAAUGCUGAUUUGGACUUGUACCCCUCUCACCUGCAAUCAGUAAUUGAUGAGGUCAAUGUAUGGGUUUAUGAUGCGAUAAACAAUGGUGUAUAUAAGUGUGGGUUCGCUAAGAAACAAGGGCCUUAUGAUGAGGCUGUAGUCAAGUUAUAUGAUGCCUUGGACAAAUGUGAAGAGAUACUGAGCAAGCAACGCUAUAUUUGUGGGAAUGAGUUGACAGAAGCUGAUAUUCGUCUUUUUGUAACUCUGAUUAGGUUUGAGAUUAGGUUUGAUGAGGUGUAUGCUGUUCAUUUCAAAUGCAACAAGAAACUCAUCCGUGAAUAUCCGAAACUCUUCAAUUACACCAAAGAUAUUUAUCAAAUCCCUGGCAUCAGCAGCACCGUUAACAUGGAACACAUAAGGAAGGGCUACUAUGGAAUGUUUCCUCUCAAUCCCUAUGGAAUUAUACCAGUUGGACCCAACAUAGAUUAUUCCGCUUCUCAUGAUAGAGAGGUUUAUUAAUUUAUUAGGUAUGAGCAAUUUUCUUUUUUUUGGUUCUUUGGCUUCUUGGAACUACAUUGUGCUGAAUAUCAUUGUGUUGAAGAGGUAAUCAAUGCAUGAAUGGACUGAUUAUAUUGAGAAAUAAGCUUGUACCGGGUUGUGUGCCCAAUCUUAAAAGUUUGAUUAAUUAAUGUACAUGAUAUGAUGUUUAAUUUGUUGU